GUCCCGCUGCGGGGCCGAGGUGCAGCAAACCACAGGGUCGAUCCGUAGCGCCAUGGCCUGCAUCCUCAAGAAGAAGUCUGUGUUUGUGGUGAGCUUCAUAGCCCUGUGCCUCUUGCUGCUAGCCAUGCGCCUUGUCAAUGACGUGACUUUCCCUUUGCUACUCAACUGCUUUGGACAACCUGAAAACAGAUGGAUCCCUUUGUCCUACACAUUCAGGCAGCCUCUUCGAACUCACUAUGGAUACAUAAAUGUGAGGACCCAAGAGCCUUUGCAACUGGAAUGUAACGAUUGUGCCAUAGUGUCAAGUUCAGGUCAAAUGAUUGGACAGAAGGUGGGUGAAGAAAUAGACCACUCAUCCUGCAUUUGGAGAAUGAACAAUGCCCCCACCAAGGGUUUUGAGGAAGACGUUGGCCACAUGACAAUGGUUCGAGUUGUAUCACAUACCAGUGUUCCUCUGCUGCUAAAAAAUCCUGAUUAUUUUUUCAAUGAAGCUAGCACUACCAUCUAUGUUAUUUGGGGCCCUUUCCGCAACAUGAGGAAAGAUGGAAGCGGCAUUGUGUACAACAUGUUAAAACAGACAGUAGAUGCCUAUCCAAGUGCACAGAUUUAUGUGACCACAGAGGAGCGCAUGAAUUACUGCGAUGGAGUCUUUAAGAAGGAAACUGGGAAAGACAGAGUCCAGUCUGGCGCCUACCUCAGCACAGGGUGGUUUACCUUUAUCCUGGCUAUGGACGCCUGCUCCAGCAUCCACGUCUACGGGAUGAUAAAUGACACCUACUGCACGACAGAGGGGUACAGAAAAGUCCCCUAUCAUUACUAUGAACGAGAAAAGGAUGAGUGCACCGAGUAUUUUCUCCAUGAGCGGACCCCAUUCGGGGGCCACAGGUUCAUCACUGAAAAGAAGGUGUUUGCCAAGUGGGCUGAGACAAACAGAAUCGUAUUCACACACCCGAACUGGACAAUGUCCUGACGCUGUGCUUCCUGCUCAUGACACAGCAGCUGUGAGGAGGGAGGCUGUUGGUGGUGAUGGUGUGGGCAGGGACGACCAUGGUCCUUAGCAUUCUCUGGUGAGGAUGAUGACUCUCCUGGUAAAGUGAAUCCUGUGGGAAGGGUCGUGCUCAUUCUGUUCUUCCUGGUGGUUCAGCCCUACAUACUGCACUUUAUAACUUACCGAGAAUCGAAACGAAGGCCAGUAACAUGACAGCUGUGACUAAAGAAAACGAAGAUUAUCUUCCAAGAUGGCAGCUCAGAAGUCUUUAACCAAGGCCUCCAGAAGUGGUGGGUGUGGCCUUGUCCUCAGGCAAGGUUAUGGAGCGGGCACAUGGGCAACUCCGCACCUUGGAAAAUGGUGGACUACCAAACACUGUCCCAAGUAAUUCUAUCAGGGUAUAGACAUCUGCCUCAGCUACUAGUUAGGCUGAGAAGGGGGAGGUAUCUCUUUCUAAGAUGCCAUCUUCCUUCCGUCUGUCUUUCAGCUAAAGCCUCAGGCUGCCUACGUAAAUGUAGCACCGAAGGUAUUAUGUAAUUCCUGCACGUCAGGGUUACCGCACUAUCUCAGAGACUUAAUUCAGAGUACAUCAAGUAGCAAAUAUUGACAUGUUUUUGAACAAAUGUUGUUCAAAGGACUGUUCAAAACAAUAUAACUAAACAUAUUAUUGCAAUUGCCUAUGUUUAAUGUUUAGUUAUUUUUGGUUGAGUACUAAAUAUUAAC